UAUGGGUCCUUAAAACAAUCUCUGAGCACCACUCUUACACAUCGAAUGAGAACAUUACAGAGAUUUUUAAAACCAUGUUUCCUGACUCCGAGAUCGUAGCUACAUUCUCGUGUGGAAGCAACAAAACUUCAUAUAUUACUAAAUUCGGAUUGGCUCCCUUUAUAACUAAAGAACUGACUGACAAGGUCAAUAUAGCCAACGGGUUUGUGGUCAUGUUUGACGAGAGUCUCAAUAAGAUGACAAAAAGUAAGCAGUUGGACCUUCAUAUUCGCUACUGGGUGGAUAACCAUGUCCAGUCACGAUACUUCGGCUCGCAGUUUAUGGGCCAUGCAACGGCGGUGGACCUGCUCAAACAUUUCAAAGAGUGUGUAUGUGACCUUGACUUGAAGAAGAUGGUCUCAGUGUCUAUGGAUGGACCCAAUGUUAAUUGGCGUUUUUUUGAGAUGCUGCAGCAGAAGCAUGCAGAGCAUUUUGGGGGUGUUCAGCUGGCAGUGGUGGGGAGUUGUGGCCUGCAUACUCUCCAUAAUGCUGUCAAAUGUGGAUUCACCGAGUGGCAUAUGGAGAAGUUCCUAAGAGCUCUGCAUACAAUUUUCCACAAUGUGCCAGCAAGGAGAGAGGAUUUCUAUAAUCUCACAAAGUCCAAAAUCUUCGCUUUGCCUUUUUGUGGUCAUCGCUGGGUCGAGAACCUCCCUGUGGCGGAGAGGGCCCUUGUCAUCUGGCCAGACAUGAUGAAGUAUGUUGAGGCUGUCAGCACCAAAAAGCUUCCUAACCCUGGGACAUCCUCCUAUGAUACCAUUGAGGCAGCAACCAAAGACCCUCUCAUUCUGGCAAAGCUUCACUUUUUCAUGGCAGUGUGUCGAAGUGUAACACCUUUCCUCACCAGAUACCAAACUGAUGAACCUGUGCUGCCUUUCAUUGCUAAUGAUUUGGCUGAACUGCUGAAGAGUUUGCUGAGGCGAUUCAUUAAACAAGAACUUCUCAAUGAUGCCACACCUCAGCAUUUGGUCCGGCUUGAUGUUAGUGAUAUGCAGUCCAGGGUUCAUCUAAGAGCUGUUGAUAUUGGCAUUGGAGCUGAGGCUGCAAUAAAGGAACGUCAGCGGCAGAGUAGAUCCACCGAGGAGCUUUCUGUCCUCCAGUUCAGAAAAGAAUGCAUGGAGGGUCUGUCCAAAAUUGUAAAGAAGAUUCAAGAGAAGAGCCCUUUGAAAUUCCCAACUGUAAGACAAAUGACUUGUCUUAACCCAGCCGUGAUGUAUUCAGAUCCAGAAUUGUGUCAGGGCCAGAUGAAGUGUCUAGUCAAAAGGUUUCUUCAAGACAAGCAGUUAGAUGGAGUUGCUACAGGUGAUCUGAUCAUUCAGCAGUUUUCACAAUUGUUGUCUCUGGAGGUGAGGAAUGAGAAGUUCCUGUCUUUCAAGCCCCUUGAGGAGAGGCUGGAUGUGUUUCUCCAUUCGUAUAUAAGUCAGCCCUACCCACAGCUCUGGGCUUUCAUCAGAAACCUUCUGCUCCUCUCCCAUGGGCAAGCUACGGUGGAGAGAGGCUUCUCUAUCAAUAAACAAGUAGAAACUUGUAAUAUCCAUGAGGACACUGUCAUUGCACAAAGAGUUGUGUGCGAUUACGUGUCCAUGCAUGGGGGUGUUACCAAGGUGCCCCUCACACCAGAGCUCCUGUCUUCAGUCACAUCAGCAAGGGUGAGGUACAGAAUGCCUCUUGAAAGUGAACGGAAGAAAAAAGAAUCUCAAGCACAGGGUCAAAAAAGAAGAAUGAUUGAAGAGGAGUUGGAGCAGCUAAAAAAGUCAAGACUGACCAUCCAGGAAGUUGCAGAGCAUCUGAGGAGGGAUGCAGACAAUAUGGCAGAAGAGGCUGAGGGCAAACAAGGCAGCAAAAUGGCAGAGCUAAUUGCCAAGUCAAACGCAUUGAGAAGAAGCCACAAGCAGAAGUUGACAGAACUUGAGAGCCUGGGCGAAAAAAUUGCAACCAAGGCAGCAGACCUGCGAAGGCUGUAGUGUUCAACAUCAAGAUCAAAUCUAUUUGUUAAUUGUAAAUCAAAUGUGUGUUAUAUCUGAUCAUUUAAAUAAAAUGUUUUAUUUAAUUCAAGAUGCCUACUUGUACAUAAUUAUUUUCUAGGGAUCAACAUUCAUACAGAUUUGACAUUUUCCCUUCAUACGUCUGUCGGAAUGGGUUUCGAAGUUGGCAUUGAAUUUAAUUUGAAAUGGCAUUAAAAAGGUCUUAAAAAGCCUUGAAUUUUAUUUGGAAGAUCCUGGGGGUACCCUGACAAACAAUCGUUCAAUUGAAGGGAGUCAGUUGUUCCCAAGUCUUUUUUACUUAGGCAAAGGCAGGGGCUCUGUGCUUGUUUUAAUUUUU